UGUCCAGGCUGCUGCUGUAUUGUUUUGAUUAGGAAAAUCAUUUGCACAGGUACAGAUACGGAUUACGUUAUCUAAGAUCUUCACCGUAGUCAUCGUGGUCAUGGAGGAGCAGACCGCCUCUCCUGGAGCCAACGCCGACAACAACGGCCAGAGAAAUGGAGACGAGAAGCCCCGACGUGGCAACUGGACCAAGGGGAGGAAGAGGAAGAAGCCGAUGAAGGACAGCAACGCACCCAAGGCCCCCCUCACGGGCUACGUCCGCUUCAUGAACGACAGACGGGAGCAGCUUCGGGCCGAGCGUCCGGACGUGCCCUUCCCAGAGAUCACCAGGAUGCUGGGCAACGAGUGGAGCAAGCUGCCCCCCGAGGAGAAGCAGCGAUACUUGGAUGAGGCGGAGCGAGAUAAGGAGCGCUACAUGCAGGAGCUGGAGAAGUACCAGAAGACGGAGGCCUACAAACAUUUCACCAGGAAGGUUCAGGAGAAGCAGAAAGGCAAGCGACACAGGGGAGCCUCUCCCCUUUCUGUCUCUGAUCAACAGAAGGACGGUGAAGGGAAGGACAGAACUGUGUUCGACAUACCGAUCUUCACUGAGGAGUUCCUCAACCACAGCAAAGCGCGCGAGGCUGAGAUGCGGCAGCUGCGUAAAACCAACAUGGAGUACGAGGAGCGUAACGCCGCGCUGCAGAAACACGUGGAGAGCAUGCGGGGCGCCGUGGAGAGGCUGGAGGGCGACGUGAUGCAGGAGAGGGGACGCAACGGGCUGCUCCACCAGCACCUGGAGACCCUGAGACAGGCGCUCACCUCCAGCUUCUCCUCCGUGCCUCUGCCAGCGAGUGGAGAGACGCCCACUCUGGACAGCAUCGACUCCUACAUGAAGAAGCUCCACAGUAUCAUCGUCAGCUGCCCCCAGGAGCACGAGAAUCUCAUCAACACUGUGAGGGACGUGGUCAACCGUCUGGACAGGUGA